AUGAGCUCUCAAGGCAUAACGCGCAAACGACCUGCCCCAGGAACGACUCCUGCAGUACACCCUCAAAUGGGUGCUGUCCCCAAUUACCCAUCUGCGAACCCAGGCUCUCAGUUAUCCAACGACCAAUUCUUGCAGUGGGGGCAGAACCCCGCUGUGAAUGCUGUGAAUGCCUCCUCUUACGCCGAAAAUUCUGCAUACAACCAGGGAAACAUAAACGCGCAAGAUGUACCUUCUCCGGCAACAACCAACAACCAGCUGGCUCGUCGCCAGCAGGCAAAUCAGCUUGUCAGUCGAAAUCGUGGGUACGAGCAAGCACCCGUGACAUAUUCGGACCAGAAUGCGAAUGGAAACCCGGGGGAGUCGGGUGCAUGGGGCGAAAGCCUCGAGGAAUUGUAUGCACGGGCGCUGGCCGCGAAGAGAGAGUCGCAAGCGAAACGAAAACAAAUUCCACCUUUUGUGCAGAAACUCAGCAGCUUUCUUGAUGAAUCCAAGAAUACCGAGUUGAUUCGAUGGUCCGACGACGGUAAUUCUUUCAUUGUACUAGACGAGGAUGAAUUUGCGAGGACAUUGAUCCCCGAGCUGUUCAAACACAACAACUACGCCUCAUUUGUCCGACAAUUGAACAUGUAUGGAUUCCACAAGAAGGUUGGCCUUUCCGACAACUCGAUGCGUGCUAGCGAGCGGAAGAAUAAGAGCCCCAGCGAAUACGCAAAUCCAUACUUCAAACGUGGCCACCCAGACUUGCUCUGGUUGAUCCAGAAACCGAAAAACACACCAGGCCAUGCGAGCAAAGGGAGCAAAGGUGGACCGCGGGUGAAGACCGAGGAAGUAGAGGAAAAUGAACUGGAAGAUUAUGGGGACGAUGGUGCAGCUGCAACUCGCGAGAGUCGACCACGACCUCAACAGCUCUCCCUUCUCACAGAAACCCCCAUGCCAUCAGAUCAGCUGUCUGGAGUGUACCGAGAAUUGCAAGCGAUUCGCCAGCAGCAGCAAAUUAUUUCAACUACUAUUACCAGAUUACGGAAAGAGCAUGAGCAGCUCUACGCACAAGCUGCAAACUUUCAGGAGCAACAUACCCGCCACGAAAACUCAAUCAACGCCAUACUCACAUUUCUUGCGACUGUAUACAACCGCAGCUUGCAAGGAAAUGAUGGGAACCAGAAUAUCGCCAAUACUUUUGCUGGAGCCAUUUCUGGGGACCAAGGAAACAUUGUCGAUGUGGGGGAUGACUUUUCUUUGGGCUCUUUGGCGGGACUGACUAGCCCAACUGGUCAAAGAACCAUGAAGAAGCAGCCUCUUCUUUUGAAAGCCCCUCCUACCGUGGACGAGAACAACCGCGGCUCUACCAUAUCCCCGGCAGCAAGCGGAUCCUACGAGACAAGGUCUCGGGGUCAUACUCGUCAGCCAAGUGCUGGAAAGCCUGGACAUGUGGAGGAGGUUUUCGACAAUAGUCCACGUCAGAACAAAUCCGAGCACCCGGGACAGCCAAGCGAUGCAAGCUCCCCUCAGCAGGACAUGAUGUCCGUCAUCCAGAACUCGAAUGCACGAAAUGGAAUCCCCACGAACUUCACUGACUUUCCCAAUGUUCUAUCUUCUCUCGAAGGAAAUCUGCCUCUCACUGCCAAUGAGCGCGCCGACAUGAUUCGUCGCAUAGCCAGUGAAACCAACACCGGAAAUCCCACUGUUCCAGGCUCUUCAAACAACGCGCUUAUGACUCCGACUCCGCCACCCAUGCCCCCAAACUACUCAGGCCGCCUCGCAAACACUCGGCAAGAAAUUGACAAUCUAGUCAAGAUGCAAGCUGAACAGGAUCGGUCUGUACAAAACCUCACAAAUCUUCUUCAGCCUUUGAGCCCAACUGGUGCCAUACCUGGAUUGGGACCAGAUGGAAACGGAAAUGUUCCACCGCCCCCACUCGAUCUUGAUACGAUAUUCAACAAUGACUACUUUACCGACCUUGGAGACCCAGACCACGACAAGAAACACAUUGAUCUUGAUCAUACUGGUCAUUCCGUCGAGAUGGGAGCGAACCCGCACGAACAUUUGGUCCCUGGUCAAGACGAUGAUGGAGACACGAAUCACCUAUUUGACUUUGGUGAUAUUCCGGGUGAUGGUGAUCUUUUUGACGGAUCAGGCCAUGGGCAGGACCAUUUUGGUUAUGGCUUUGACAGUUCUGCUUUUGGUGGCGAUGCUGGGUCUGGUAACAUGGAUUCGGGACGAGUUGUUGAGCAGUUGACCGAUAGCGAAGCUACCAGUCCUGCGACAGCAGGAGGAACUCCCGGCGAAGUUGCUGAUCAUGGAGGCAGCGCGAAGCGUCGCAGGAGAGUGUGA